GUUUCCUCCAUCAACAUCAUCGCAAGCUCAGUCGCAAAAUACUUCACAACCUGAACAGCACCUAAGAACUCUUGAGCAAGAGACUUGGAUCGAAUAUCGAGAAUGGAACGUCACUGUCCUCGAUCUUCCAAAAGAACGCCAACUUGAACGGACGCACCAUAUCAAUCACGUGGUCUCACUCAUUUUCACAAUGCCUGCUCUCACGAAGACUAACUCAUGUGUCGAUAUCGACUUUACGCUGAGGAGAAAGUUCAAGAGGACUACUUUCAGGGGCCAACAACGUGAGGUUAUCGUUGAUGCACUCGACAAGAAAGAUGUGUUCGUGCAAGCAGCUACAGGGUUUGGCAAAAGCUUAUGCUUUCAAUUACCAGCUGUUAUAGAUCAUGGAAUCACCGUGGUGAUUUGUCCAUUACUUUCCUUGAUGACUGAUCAGGUUAACGCACUGCGUGCUGCCGAUAUUGACGCUGGCAUGAUAAACGGAAAUACCACGUACACCGAGAGGCAACGCUUAUUACGCGAUCUCGCAACAGGUCAUCCCCGUACUCGUCUGCUGUAUGUGACCCCAGAGCAAUGUGCUACAGAGUCCUUCCGUAAACAUUUGAGGGUCGUGUACGAACAGCGAGAGUUAGCUCGCGUAGCCGUAGACGAAGCACAUUGUAUUUCGGAAUGGGGCCAUGACUUCCGAAAGUCUUUCCAAGACCUGCGUUGGUUUCGAGAGAAUUUUCCAGAUGUCCCUAUCAUAUGUCUUACUGCAACGGCAACGGCCAAAGUUCGGGACGAUAUUAUCAACAUGCUUGGCUUGGAUGAGGCCAACAUCAAGGUGUACACCAUGACCACAGACCGAAAGAACCUGCAUUACGAAGUAAGGUUCAAGUGUGACGAAGAACCUCAUUACAAUGACUUCCUGGGUUGGCUGAGAAGAGUUCACAAGUACCGUGCCGAAAACGUGGAGCGUCGUAGGGAACUCGAACGCAAGGGCGAACGGAUAGAUAACGUUUCUGGCAUCAUAUAUGCCCUCUUCCGUAACGAAUGCGAGGAGAUUGCAGCUAAACUCCGCUCAGAUGGUAUUGGAGCAAAACCUUAUCAUGCAGGACUGCACAAAGAUGAAAAAGAUGAAACCCUGCAGCGGUGGGUCAAUAACGACAAAGGCUACGAUGUCAUCGUAGCAACCACGGCGUUUGGCAUGGGAAUUGAUAAAGAAGACGUACGAUUCGUGGUUCAUUGGCAGUUACCAAAGUCGUUUGAGGGCUACUACCAGGAGGCCGGUCGCGCUGGUAGAGACGGGAAAGCUAGUGUAUGCAUCAUGUACUACAGCCGAGAAGACCGGGAUCGAGCUUUCAACAGAAUGAGCAGGGACAAAUUAGAGAUGAAAAACUUCGAAGCUCGAGCAAAGAGCCUUCAGGCAGUAGUAGACUACUGCGAGAACGUUGAAACAUGUCGGCAUCGGCUGAUAUGCAAAUACUUCGGGGAAGAAGCUGUCCCGGAGUGCGAUUAUGCCUGUGAUUGGCAUAAAGAUGCCAAAGGUUUGGAGAGGGCAAAGAAAAAUGGCCUUGCAAGUGAGGAAUUUGUCAGCACUCAAAGAGAGCUGGGAGCUUAUAUUGGCUAUGAUGGUUACGACUCAACAUAAGAUGGUAGGCCGUCAUUUGCUUAUUAUGAGUAAGGUGGAAGAGAAAGUAAGAAACCCAGAAAAAUGUAAUCAAUCGGCUACUUGCAUGCAUAGCAAACGCAGCUGCCUUUCAGUGUGUCGGGAUGGUUCUUCUAGGCACCCUUCCUAUGUGCAUGUACUGUCUAUGUACGACUUCAAUCUCUUUUGCCAGGCUGAAUGGCAUGCAACGGCUUUCCACUAAACUUCUUUGCUGUGCUGGGAGUGGUUAUUCACUCAGGGUAGUAAUGGAG